GCGGUCUCCGGAGUGCGUGUUCGAAUCUCUGCCGUGGAAAGGGACAGGCUGCGGAUGCGGGCAAGGCCGCCACCGUAUCUUUUCUUUCGUCUUCCUUCCUCCUGCUCUGCUUGCUUACUUGCUGUUCUCUAGUCGGGAUAUCCAGAGCUGCUAUGGCGAGGAGCCUGGGCGCCCACAGCCCCCAUAGCGGCGAGAGGCUGAUAUAAGUAUCUGUGUGAACCCUCCGAGCCAGAAGCACCGGCGAAGGUUGGGUGGGGUUCUGCUCUGCCUUAUCAUCAGAGAGAUCGAGCACUCCUCUCCUGCUGGGAUUUCUUUCUAGCCAAGGAUUCCUCCUAGGUUACAAAUUGGCAGCCAGUGAAUUGCUAAAAGCAUCUUUUUGCCAACAACAUGGAUUGGAACACACAGCUCAGCUCAAUAUUGACUGAAACAGACAGCAACAUGGCCAAAAUUAAGCAGCGUCUGAACCCAGCCAGCAGUUCUUCCAAAGCUGAUUUGUUUCUAGACAGAAUAAAUACCGAAACUGCUCUUCCAAGUGAGCCACAGAGUGGACCAUCACCCCUGCAUUUCACAUGUGAAGCUCACCCAUGCUGCAGAAUGGCCACCGACGAGCUCUCAGCCAUCAGCAAGCAACUGCAUUCACAAGCCCAGGUCAUAGAGUCCCUCACUCAGGCAGUACAUCGGCUGAAACAGGAGAAGGAACUGCAGCAGCGGAGUAUCAGUCACCUAGAAGAAGAGGUAGACCGACUGCAGCACAAUUCCCGCGGUGCCUUGGAAUCGGUGCUGGGACUCAGGAUGGAAGGGUUGAAGAGUGAGCUCCGUAGCCUUCAUCAACAAGUGUUUCAACAAUCAGAUGGCGACUGCACUCCUGAUUUGUUUUCCAGCCCUGGUAUCAAGCAAGAUAUGCUGGAGAGUAAAAAAGUCCUGUGGCAAGAGUACGAGUGCAUCAGAAGGGAGCUAGAGCAGCUGAAACAUAAACUUGAUCGACAAGAGGAAGAUCUGUUCAAUCAAGUGUCAGCAACCCAUGAGAUUAAGAGAACUCAAAGUCGAUACUGUCAGAUGCUGGAAGAUCUGAUGAACACUCAUACAACUCAGACUCGGGAUUUGGAUAAAGCUCGGAAUGAGACCCAGAGCACCCAGCAGGAACUCAGCCACGUCAAAUCUGCAGUUACUGACCUAAAAGAACAGGUGAAAAGUCUCCACUUGGAGGACAGGCUGAAUGCUAUGACAUUUAAGGAAGAAUGCAUUCAUAUGAAAAAAAACAAAGGAUUGUUGCAUGAAGAUGCCUUGUUCUUUCUCAGUGAUGAUUCAGUCUCCGAGUUCAGUCUCACAGAUGUCAGCUCAGAUGAACUCUUCAGUGAACCAGAGAUCGCACAACUUGCUGAUGACAAGAUUUCCAUACCAAGCUUGGAGUUGGAGGAGAGUUCCCUUGGAGGGGCAACUGGUGGCAUGCUGGAGAGAGCAGAGCUCAGCACGGAGUUGUCCACCAGUCUGCCCGAGCUCAACCUGAGUGACCUUUAAAGCUUCACCGAAGGACUGCCUCAUUCUUUCUAAUGAGGAAAAAAAUUAAAGAGGAGAAACAUAUGGACUGCUCUUCUGCAUGCUGAGCUGCUUUUUGUACAGAUUCAAAAUUAGGUAGGAGGGACAGUGUUACCUCAGCCUGUGACCCGUGUGAAGUUAGCACAUCAGAGUAGGAGGUGCAGGCCCAAAACCCUUCAAGAGGACUGUGUCUGUUUUGUUCAGAGGCUUCCAACAUACCUUCUGGAAAGGAACAGUUGUAUUGCUAGUCUGUGUGUGUGUGUGUGUGUGUGUGUGUGUGUGUGUGUUGGAACAUAUUGGCUUCCUUCUAGGAGCUGGUCAUUCCCAACUCUCCUAUUGUUUAAUUCGUCUGUAACCCAAUAUUGAGGCUGAGCUGCAAGACAAAACAUUCUGGAAAUUAAUCCAGCUUAGACCACAUUCUGUUAAUCUGUUCCACUGUGCUUAUCCACACAAGAACAUCUGGCUCUCCUGUUUUAGCACUGCUAAGGUAAAACCAGAUGUGAAGGUGAACACUCCAUUGAGGAAGAUAGGAACAUAUAAUGGGCUGUAUCCAAUGUUAGUCCUGCUUAGAGUAGACCCAUUGAAAUUAAUAGUACUUAAGUUGGACUAAUUUUGGAUACAACCCAUUAUGUUGCCCUUAUUGAGCCAGUCAUUGACAUGCUUGCUAUGAUUGGAUGUAUUUUACUGCCCUGGGGUGGGGAAGGUGAGACAUCCUGGGAGAGCACAACCUGUGACCAUCUUUCCAUCUGGGAACAGGAAGGGAUAUCUGGAAAAUGCUGUGGGCAUCGUAAGUUUCCUUGCCCUUUGAGCUGCUGGUGUUUGAACAGGGGUGAACUAUGGUCUCCAGUGCCAGAUAUGUGUUUACCUUAGUAAUGGUGCAGUUAAUUUUUGUGGAUUUUGGUUUAGGUGGGAAAGUAAAAUAUAGCUCAGUGCACUCAUCUGUGUUCUUUUAAUCUGGCCUUGGAUCCUUUUCAGUGAAUGGCAGAGGUAGAAACCCAAGAGUCUUGCUUGCCAUCUUGAUUUCAUUAGGAAGAUAUUUUUUCAGCCAAGCUAGAUGUGUAUGUAGAAUGAGGCCCAUCAGCCACUUACUAGCCAAGAUGGUCAAAUAUAGCCACAAACUACAUAUUAUAGGUAAUACAUAUAGUGAAGUCCUGAUUAUUUUAUUUUUUAAAAAAAGCAGCUGUGUACGUUGCAGCAAGGAGCUGCUUAAUUCUUUCCCUGCCAGCAAACUUUAAUUUUUUAAAAAAAGCUCCCCUAGCUGCUUUUCCCCCUUUUGGUGUUCUAGAUGUCAGAAAUCUUAUCUAGAAGCCCAUGGAGGACAAUAUUGAAUGGAAGAGCAAUUAAUGCGGGUGGGAAGGCAUUAACCAGCCCCUAUUCCACAAC